AUGACUUCAAUAGAAGUAAAGGAAGUGGUCGAGCACCCCAUCAAAUUGAGAGUAAUGCGCCUUGGUAAGCCAGUCAUGUUUAACUCGAAGAUAGUCACGUGUGAUUCAAAAGAUUUACCAGGAACAGCAUUGAAUGCACAUUUAAAAAAAGACGUGACCACAUUGGCCAAUGCAGAAACAUUGGCGGCUGGGUCAUUUCUCAUGGUUCCUAAUGUUCUAGAAAAUUUGUAUCUGGGCGAAACAUUUUUGUGUUAUAUUUACUUGAAGAAUGAAAGUUCUCAAACGGUCUAUGAUAUUAUUUUGAAAGCAGAAAUUGAUACUGCGACAUCACAUAUACCAAUUUUGGGACCAAAAGCUUUUCCCAAGUUGGAUCCAUAUGCUUCUAUUGAUGUUAUUGUAAAGCACGAAGUCAAAGAACACGGUAGUGUCAAUAAAUUGAUUUGUCAAGUGGAAUAUGAUAGGAAACAUUCGUUUGAAACAAUUUUCAGCUAUAGAGUUCCAAAACCUUUAGAUCUAAAAACAAAAUUUUACAAUACUGUAACUGAUGAAGUUUACCUAGAAGUUCAAGUCCAAAAUAUUAUGUCGACUCCGAUCUCAUUAGAAAAAUUUAUCUUAGAGUCAUCAAUUGGAUAUGAUGUUAAUUCAAUGAAUCAUUUACUUGAAAGUUCAGAGGAUAAAUCUGUUUUUGGAGAUAUGGACAUACUGGAUGUGAAAGAAACAAGACAGUAUAUGUAUAGAUUAAGCUUAGAUAGAACUGCUGAAAAAAAUCCCACAAGAACAAAUAAUCUUGGCAAGUUGGACAUUUUAUGGCGGUCUAAUAUGGGUACUAAAGGUCAAAUACAAUCCAGUCCAUUAGUGAGACAGAUUCCAGAAUUAGACGACAUAACGUUUUCUAUAACGUACUUGCCUGAUAUGGUUUUUUGUGAAGAACAAUUUGACUUUACGUGCUCAAUAAAAAACAACAGAAACCGUGACAUGCAGCUUGUUGUUGAAGUCAGUGACGAAGAAGAUAGUAAUCUUGCUUGGACUAUGAUUUCAGGCAUUCAGUUAAGACUUUUACCUCCAUACGCAACAAUCAAAACAGUAUUCUCGAUGGUAGCUCUAAAUCAUGGCUUACAAGUUAUAUCGGGUAUUAAACUAAAGGAAUUAAUUCUGAACCGUACAUACUCAUAUAAUAACUUUGGCCAUGUAUUUGUCACUCAAAAUGUCAGUUAA